UGCAUCACCUUGGGUUCAGGUCAAACACCUUUUGUACAGUUGCCUUAUAAAAGCCACUGGGAAAGAUGCACAGAGACACUCAGCAAGGUGUAGUCUCAAACUGGAAUUACGAAAAUCCAAAAAAGGAGAAUGCAAGAUAAUUUUCAGCUUUGAUUGGAUCAUAAUUUAAGAAAAACAAACAAACAAGAUGCUCAUCCGACAGAUGCUGGCAACGUUCCUACUAAUAGGUUUGAUGCCAAUCAGUGCACUUCAACCAACAUCGAGCACCAUGGCAACCCCUGAUCCAACAACAACUUUGGGGACAAAUAAAGUGACAACACCUCUGGAAAUAACAACCACAAAACCAGACUCUACAACAGCAGUGACACCUGCGAACUCAAAAGCAGCUGCCGCAACAAGAGACUCUACCACAACAGCAAUCGUGACACCUGCAGAAAUGACAAACGCUGUCCCAACAACGGCAGGGACAACAACAGUUGCUAUAACAUCAGUCACAACACCAGAGGAAACAACAUAUGUCUCCACAACAAAUUCUACCAUAACUGCAGUUAUGACACCUGAGGAGAGAACAACCUCUGCCACUACAAUGGCACGAACAACAACAGUUGCAGGAACAACAGCAGACAUAACACAUGAAGAAACAACAACCCCUGCCCCAACAACAGUAGAAACAACAAAGGUUGUCACAACAAUGGCAGAUACAACAACAGUAGCCGCAACAACAGAUUCCACUAGAACAGCAGUCACGGCACUCGCGGAAACAACACCUGACACAACAUCAGAAACAACAGAAAUGACAAGAAUGGCAAGAACAACAACGGUUUCCACAACAUCGACAGGGACACAAGUUAUAUCAAUGGACUCUACCAUAACAGCAGUCACAACACCUGCAGAAACAACAACCGCUGCCACAACAGUUCCAACAACAACAGAAGUGAUGAAACAUGCCAAGACAGUUGACAAAACAACAGUUGCAACGACAUAUUCUGCAACAACUGUCAGGACACCCGUAGAAACAACAACCAUUGCCACAACAGCGGUGGACACAACAGCAGUUGCUACAACAGCAGACUCGACAACGGUAGUCAUGACAACAGUUGCCACAACAACAGCAGUGACGGCAUCCGCCGAGACAGCAAUUGCCACAACAACAGACUCUACCACGUCAGUCAUGAUACCAGUGGUAACAUCAAUAACUGCUGCAACAACUAUUGCCACAACAACGGAAGAAACAAUAGUCGCCACAACAAUAGACUUUACCACGACACCAUUCACGACAGCUGCAGAACAAAUGACCACUGCCACAUCAACUGAAGAAACAACAGUUGCUAAACCAGCAGACUUUACUACAACAGCAGUCACGACACCCGCUGAAACAACAACUACCGCCCCAAUAGUGGCAGAAACAACUAAAGUCGCAAUGACAACAGCAGUCACAACACCUGUGGAAAUAACCACUGCCACAAAAAUGACAGACACAACAAUUGCAACAGACACUCCCACGGCAAUGACGACAGCUGCGGAAACAACUACCAUUAACACAAUAGUGGCAAAAACAACAACAGUCGCAAUGACAACAGCAGUGACGACACCUGCAGAAACAACAGUUGCAACAACAGAAUCUACCACAACAGAAGUCACGACACCUGCAGAAAUAAUAACCGCUGCCAGAACAACGGAAGAAACAACAGUUGCCAUAACAACAGACUCUCCCACAACGGCAAUCACGACAGCUGCAGAACAGACAACCACCGCCACUAAUGCAGAAACAACAACAGUUGCAAUAACAGCAGUCACAACACCUGCAGAUAUAAUAACCGCUAACACAGCAACAACAGACACUCCCAGAACGGCAGUCACAACAGCUGCAGAACAAUCAACCACCGCCACAACAACUGCAGAAACAACAGCAGUCACAGCACCGGCAGACACAACAACUGCUUCUACAACAGGGGCAGGAAAAACAACAGUUGCUACAACAACAGAAGUAAUGACACCUGCCCAAACAACGGCAGACACAUCAACAGUUAUCAAAACAACAGCAAUGACGACACCUACCAAAGCAACCUUUGCCGCCACAACGGAGUCUCCCUUAAUGGCAGUCACAACACCUACAGAAUCAACAACCCGUGCCACAACAAUGACAGAAACAACAACAGUCGCAACUGCAGUGACGACUCCUGCUGAAACAACUGAUGCCACAACAGACUCUACCAAAACAGAAGUCAUGUCAUCUGCAGAUAUAAUAACUACUGCCACAACAAUGGAAAAAACAACUGUUGCCAUAACAACAGACUUUACCACAACAUUCACGACAGCUGCAGAACAAAUGACCACCGCCAGAACAACUGAAGAAACAACAGUUGCUACAAAAGCAGACUUUACUACAACAGCAAUUGCGACACCCGCUGAAACGACAACCACCGCCCCAAUAGUGGCAGAAACAACAACAGUCGCAAUGACAACAGCAGUCAUGACACCUGUGGAAAUAAUAACCACUGCCACAACAAUGGCAGACACAACAAUUGCCACAACAACAGACUCUCCCACGGCACUGACAACAGUUAAGGAAACAACUACCACUGCCACAAUAGCGCCAGAAACAACAGCAGUCACAAUGACAACCGCAGUGAUGACUCAUGCCGAAACAACAACAGUUGCCACAACAGAAGUCACAACACCUGCAGAAAUAAUAACUGCUGCCACAACAAUUGCCACAACAACAGACUCUUCCACGGCAAUGACGACAGCUGCGGAAACAACUACCACUGCCACAGUAGUGACAGAAACAACAACAGACGCAACAACAGCAGUCACAACACCGGAAGAGACAACAACUGCUUCCACAACAAGGGCAAGAAAAACGACAGUUGCUCCAACAACAGAAGUAAUGACAUCUGCCCAAACAAGGGCAGACACAUCAACAGUUGUCAAAACAACAGCAAUGACCACACCUACCGAAAUAACCUUUGCCACAACAACAGACUCUCCCACAAUGGCAGUCACAACACCUACGGAAUCAACAACCCGUGCCACAACAAUGACAGAAACAACAGUCGCAACAGCAGUGAUAACUCCUGCCAAAACAACAGGUGCCACAACAGACUCUACCACAACAGAAGUCACAUCACCUGCAGAUAUAACAACAUUAGAAGAAACAACAGUUGCCACAAAAACAGACUUUACCACAACAGCAUUCACAACAGCUGCAGAACAAAUGACCACCGCCACAACAACUGAAGAAACAACAGUUGCUACAAAAGCAGACUUUACUACAACAGUCAUCACGACACCCGCUGAAGCGACAACCACCGCCCCAAUAGUGGCAGAAACAACAACAGUCGCAAUGACAACAGCAGUCACAACACCUGAGGAAAUAAUAACCACUGCCACAACAAUGGCAGACACAACAGUUGCCACAACAACAGACUCUCCCACGCCAAUGACGACAGCUGCGGAAACAACUACCACUGCCACAGUAGUGACAGAAACAACAACAGACGCAAUGACAACAGCAGUGACGACACCUGCCGAAACAACAACAGGUGCCACAACAGACUCUACCACAACAGAAGUCACGACACCUGCAGACAUAAUAACGGCUGCCACAACAAUGGAAGAAACAACAGUAGCCGCAACAACAGAGUCUCCCACAACACCAAUCACGACAGCUGCAGAACAGACAACCACCGCCACAACUGCAGAAACAACAACAGUUGCAACAACAGCAGUCACAACAGCUGCAGAAAUAGUAACGUCUGCCACACCAACAGACUCUCCCACAACCGCAAUCACGACAGCUGAAGAACAAACAAGCACACCCACAACAACUGCAGAAACAACAACAACAGUUGCAACAACAGCAGCAGUCACAACAACUGCUUCCACAACAAGGACAGGAAAAACAACAGUUGCAACAACAGAAGUAAUGACACCUCCACCGACAAUGGCAGCAACAUCAACAGCAAUGACGACACCUACUGAAACCACCUUUGCCACAACAACAGACUCUUCCACAAUGGCAGUCACAACACCAACGGAAUCAACAACCCCUGCCACAACAAUGACAGAAACAACAACAGUUGCAACAGCAGUGACAACUCCUGCUGAAACAACAUCAGUUGCCACAACAGACUCUACUACAACAGAAGUCACGGCAUCCGCAGAUAUAAUAACUACUGCCACAAUGGAAGAAACGACAGUUGCCACAACAACAGACUUUACAACAGCUGCAGAGCAAAUGACCACUGCCACAACAACUGAAGAAACCACAGUUGCUACAACAGCAGACUUUACUACAACAGCAGUCACGACACCCGCUGAAGCAACAACCACCACCCCAAUAGUGGCAGAAACAACAACAGUCUCAAUGACAACAGCAGUCACAACACCUGUGGAAAUAAUCACCACUGCCACAACAAUGGCAGACACAACAAUUGCCACAACAACAGACUUAUACACAAUGGCAGUCACAACACCUACGGAAUUAACAACCCCUGCCACAACAAUGACAGAGACAACAGUCGCAACAGCAGAGACAACUCUUGCCGAAACAACAACGGUUGCCACAACAGACUCUGCCACAACAGAAGUCACAUCACCUGCAGAUAUAUUCACUACUGCCACAAUAGAAGAAACCACAGUUGCCACAACAACAGACUUUACCACAACAGCAUUCACGACAGCUGCAGAAGAAAUGACCACUGCCACAACAACUGAAGGAACAACAGUUGCUAAAACAGCAGACUUUACUACAACAGCAGUCACGACACCCGCUGAAACAACAACCACCGCCCCAAUAGUAGCAGAAACAACAACAGUCGCAAUGACAACAGCAAUCACAACACCUGUGGAAAUAAUAACCACUGCCACAACAAUGGCAGACACAACAGUUGCCACAACAACAGACUCUCCCACGCCAAUGACGACAGCUGCGGAAACAACUACCACUGCCACAAUAGCAGAAGAAAAAACAACAGUCGGAAUGACAACAGCAGUGACGACACCUGUCGAAACAACAGUUGCCACAACAGACUCUACCACAGCAGAUAUCACAACACCUACAGAAAUAAUAACUGUUGUCACAACAAUUGAAGAAACAACAACAGAUGCCACAACAACUGACUUUACCACUAUAGCAAUUGCAACAGCUCCAAAACUAACAAUCACCGGCACAACAACGGCAGAAACAACAACAAUUACAACAGCAGUCACAACAGCUGCAGAAAUAGUAACCGCUCCCACACCAACAGACUCUCCCACAACGACAAUCACAACAGCUGAAGAACAAACAACCACACCCACAACAACUGGAGAAACAACAACAGUUGCAACAACAGCAGCAGUCACAACAGCUGCUUCCACAACAAGGACAGGAAAAACAACAGUUGCAACAACAACAGAAGUAAUGACACCUGCCCCGACAACGGCAGCAACAUCAACAGUUGUCAAAACAACAGCAAUGACGACACCUACUGAAACCACCUUUGCUACAACACCAGACUCUCCCACAAUGGCAGUCACAACACUAAUGGAAUCAACAACCCCUGCCACAACAAUGAUAGAAACAACAGUCGCAACAGUAGUGACAACUCCUGCCGAAACAACAACAGUUGCCAAAACAGACUCUACUACAACAGAAGUCACGACAGCCGCAGAUAUAAUAACUACUGCCACAAUGGAAGAAACGACAGUUGCCACAACAACAGACUUUACAACAGCUGCAGAGCAAAUGACCACUGCCACAACAACUGAAGAAACCACAGUUGCUACAACAGCAGACUUUACUACAACAGCAGUCACGACACCCGCUGAAGCAACAACCACCACCCCAAUAGUGGCAGAAACAACAACAGUCUCAAUGACAACAGCAGUCACAACACCUGUGGAAAUAAUCACCACUGCCACAACAAUGGCAGACACAACAAUUGCCACAACAACAGACUCACCCACAAUGGCAGUCACAACACCUACGGAAUCAACAACCCCUGCCACAACAAUGAUAGAAACAACAGUCGCAACAGUAGUGACAACUCCUGCCGAAACAACAUCAGUUGCCACAACAGACUCUACUACAACAGAAGUCACGACAUCCGCAGAUAUAAUAACUACUGCCGCAAUGGAAGAAACAACAGUUGCCACAAAAACAGACUUUACCACAACAGCUGCAGAACAAAUGACCACCGCCACAACAAUUGAAGAAACCACAGUUGCUACAACAGCAGACUUUACUACAACGGUCGUCACGACACCCGCUGAAACAACAACUACUGCCCCAAUAGUGGUAGAAACAACUACAGUCGCAAUGACAACAGCAGUCACAACACCUGUGGAAAUAACUACUGCCACAAAAAUGACAGACACAACAAUUGCAACAGACACUCCUACGGCAAUGACGACAGCUGCGGAAACAACUACCACUAACACAAUACUGGCAAAAACAACAACAGUCGCAAUGACAACAGCAGUGACGACUCCUGCCGAAACAACAACAGUUGCCACAACAGACUCUACCACAACAGAAGUCACGACACCUGCAGAAAUUAUAACUGCUGCCACAACAACAGACUCUCCCACGGCAAUGACGACAGCUGCGGAAACAACUACCACUGCCACAAUAGUGGCAGAAACAGCAACAGUCGCAAUGACAACAACAGUGACGACUCCUGCCGAAACAGUUGCAACAGACUCUACCACAACAGAAGUCACGACACCUGCAGAAAUAAUAACAGCUGCCAGAACAAUGGAAGAAACAACAGUUGCCACAACAACAGACUCUCCCACGGCUAUGACGACAGCUGCGGAAACAACAGCCACAGACACAACUGCAGAGACAACAACCGUUGUGACAACAGCAGUCACAACACCUGCAGACAUAGUAACUGCUGCCACAACGGCAAUCAUGACAGCUGCAGAACAAAAAACCACCGCCACAACAACUGCAGAAACAACAACAGUCACAAUGACAACAGCAGUCACGACACCUGUGGAAAUAAUCACCACUGCCACAGCAAUGGCAGACACAACAACAGCCGGAAUGGAAACAGCAGUGACGACUCCUGCCGAAACAGUUGCAACAGACUCUACCACAACAGACGCCACGACACCUGCAGAAAUAAUAACCGAUGCCACAACAAUGAAAGAAACAACAGUUGCCACAACAACAGACUCUCCCACAACGGCAAUCACGACAGCUGCAGAACAGACAACCAUCGCCACUACAGAAACAACAGUUGCAACAACAGCAGUCACAACCCCUGCAGAAAAAGUAACCGCUGCCGCAACAACAGACUCUCCCACAAUGGCAAUCACGACAGCUGCAGAACAAACAACCACCGCCACAACAACUGCAGAAACAACAACAGUUGCAACAAUAACCACCGCCACAACAAUGGCAGACGCAUCAAUUGCCACAACAACAGACUCUCCCACAAUGGCAGUCACAACACCUAUGGAAUUAACAACCCCUGCCACAACAAUGAGAGGAACAACAACAGUCGCAACAGCAGUGACAACUCCUGCCGAAAGAACAACAGUUGCCACAACAGACUCUACCACAACAGAAGUCACGACACCCGCAGAUAUAAUAACUACUGUCGCAAUGGAAGAAACAACAGUUGCCACAACAACAGACUUUACCACAACAGCAUUCACGACAGCUGCAGAACAAAUGACCACUGCCACAACAACUGAAGGAACAACAGUUGCUACAACAGCAGACUUUACUACAACAGCAGUCGCGACACCCGCUGAAACAACCACAGCCCCAGUAGUGGGUGAAACAACAACAGUCACAAUGACAACAGCAGCCACAACACCUGUGGAAAUAAUGACCACUGCCACAACGAUGGCAGACACAACAAUUGCCACAACAACAGACUCACCCACGGCAAUGACGACAGCUGCGGAAAAAACAACCACUGCCACAGUAGUGACAGAAACAACAACAGACGCAAUGACAACAGCAGUGACGACACCUGCCGAAACAACAACAGGUGCCACAACAGACUCUACCACAACAAAAGUCACGUCACCUGCAGAUAUAAUAACUACUGCCACAACAAUGGAAGAAACAACAGUUGCCAGAACAACAGACUUUACCACAACAUUCACGACAGCUGCAGAACAAAUGACAGCCACAACAACUGAAGAAACAGUUGCUACAAAAGCAGACUUUACUACAACAGCAAUCAUGACUCCCCCUGAAAAAAACACAGCCACCGCCCCAAUAGUGGCAGAAACAACAACAGUCGCAGUGAUAACAGCAGUCACGACACCUGUGGAAAUAAUAAACACUGCCACAACAAUGGCAGACACAACAAUUGCAACAACAACAGACUCUCCCACACCAAUGACGUCAGCUGCGGAAACAACAACCACUGCCACAAAAGUGGCAGAAACAACAGUCGCAAUGACAACAGCAAUGACGACUCCUGCCGAAACAACAACAGUUGCCACAACAGACUCUACCACAACAGCAUUCACGACACCUGCAGAAAUAAUAACCGCUGCCACAACAAUGGAAGAAAAAACAGUUGCCACAACAACAGACUCUCCCCCAACAGCAAUUACGACAACUGCUGAACAAACAACCACAGCCACAACAACUGCAGGAACAACAGAUCCAACAACAACAGCAGUCACAACACCUGCAGAGGCAACAACUGCUUCCACAACAAGGGCAGGAAAAACAACAGCUGCAACAACAACAGCAGUAAUGACACAUGCCCAAACAACGGCACCAACAGACUCUUUCACACCAGUCACAACACCUACGGAAUCAACAACCCCUUACAUAACAAUGACAAAAACAACAGUCGCAAUGAUAACAGCAGUGACGACUCCUGCCGUAACAACAGUUGCCACAACAGAUUCUCCCACAACAGCAUUCACGACAGCUGCAGAACAAAUAACCGCCACCACAACUGCAGAAACAACAGUUGCAACAACACCAGUGACAACACUUACAGAAAUAACAGCUGCUGCCACAAAAAUGGCAGAAACAACAAUAGUUACAACAAAACCAGCAAUAACAACAUCUGCAGAAACAACAAUCACCGCCACAACAGAAACAACCACAGCUGCAAUGACAAGAACAGUAGCUGCCGAAACAACAAUACUUGCCACAACAACAGACUCAGCCAUGACGACACUCCUGGCACCUGCAGAAACAACAACCGCUUCCAUAACAAUAGCAGAAACAACAACAGUUCCAACAACAGCAGAAUAUACAACAAAUGCAGCAACAACUACAGUGAUGACACGUGCGGAAUCAACAGCAGUUGCCACAACAGACAGAGUUGCCACAACAACCAAACGAGUUACUUUCAGAUCUCUUCAAAGCACAUUUACGAGUGAUUUGCAAGAUUCAGCUUCUGCUGCUCACCAAAACAGAGCAGCCAUGAUCAGGGCAGAACUUACGCCGAUAUUUUCUGAGGCAUUCCCUUCCUUCUUGAUCCUGAUAAUCAUCACGUUCAGGAGGGGCUCAGUCGUCAAUGUCAUGGAUGUUGAGUUCACAGCCACAUCUGCGCCAAGUAACACCCAAAUUGAGGGCAUCUUAUCUGAGGCGGCAUUAUUGGUCACUGGCUUCGACAUUGAACAAAGUUCCAUCACUGUUGAUUCAACACCCACAGAUGCAAUAACUACAGUAACAACCCCAAAAGACACAACAGCAGCGCUAACAACCCCUGCAAAAACAAGUGCAACGGAAAAAACUUCAGUGACAACCUCUGGUGAAGCAACAACUGCAGCCACAACUGCUGAAUCUGAAACAAUCACCAAGACAACUGUAGAAACGUCAGCUCCCACAUCUGCAGCAGGUUUCACCACAUCUGCAGCAAAUAGUGAAACAAUAACAUCAAUUGCCACAACAACAGACUCUCCCACGGCAAUGACGACAGCUGCAGAAACAACAACCACUGACACAAAAGUGGCAGAAACAACAACAGUAACAACGACAACAGCAGUGACGACACCUGCCAAAACAACAGCUGCAACAACAGACUUUACCACAACAGAAGUCAUGACACCUGCAGAAAUAAUAACCGCUGCCAGAACAACGGAAGAAACAACAGUUGCCACAACAACAGACUCUCCCACGAGAAUGACGACAGUUGCGGAAACAACUACCACUGCCACAAUAGCGGCAGAAACAGCAACAGUCGCAAUGACAACAACAGUGACGACUCCUGCCGAAACAGUUGCAACAGACUCUACCACAACAGAAGUCACGACACCUGCAGAAAUAAUAACCGCUGCCAGAACAAUGGAAGAAACAACAGUUGCCACAACAACAGACUCUUUCACGACAACAAUCACGACAGCUGCGGAAACAACAGCCACAGACACAACUGCAGAGACAACAAUCGUUGUGACAAUAGCAGUCACAACACCUGCAGAAAUAGUAACUGCUGCCACAACGGCAAUCAUGACAGCUGCAGAACAAACAACCACCGCCACAACAACUGCAGAAACAACAACAGUUGCAACAACAGCAGUCUCAACAACUGCUUCCACAACAGUUGCAACAACAACAGAAGUAGUGACACCUGCCCAAACAACGGCAGCAACAUCAACAGUUGUCAAAACAACUGCAAUGAUGACACCUGCUGAAACAACCUUUGCCACAACAACAGACUUUCCCACAAUGGCAUUCACAACACCUACGGAAUCAACAACCCUUGCCACAACAAUGACAGAAAGAACAACAGUCGCAACAGCAGUCACAACUCCUGCCGAAACAACAACGGUUGCCACAAUAGACUCUACCACAACAGAAGUCACGACACCCGCAGAUAUAAUAACUACUGCUGCAAUGGAAGAAACAACGCUUGCCACAAGAGCAGACGUUACCACAACAGCAUUCACAACAGUUGCAGAACAAAUGACCACCCCCACAACAACUGAAGGAACAACAGUUGCUACAACAGCAGACUUUACAACAACAGCAGUCACGACACCCGCUGAAACAACCACCGCCCCAAUAGUGGCAGAAACAACAACAGUCGCAAUGACAACAGCAGUCACGACACCUGUGGAAAUAAUAACCACUGCCACAACAAUGGCAGACACAACAAUUGCCACAACAACAGACUCUCCCACGGCAAUGACGGAAACAACAACCACUGCCACAGUAGUGACAGAAACAACAACAGACGCAAUGACAACAGCAGUGACGACACCUGCCAAAACAACAACAGGUGCCACAACAGACUCUACCACAACAGAAGUCACGACACCUGCAGAAAUAAUAACGGCUGCCACAACAAUGGAAGAAACAACAGUAGCCACAACAACAGAGUCUCCCACAACAGCAAUCACAACAGCUGCAGAACAGACAACCACCGCCACAACUGCAGAAACAACAACAGUUGCAACAACAGCAGUCACAACAGCUGCAGAAAUAGUAACCUCUGCCACACCAACAGACUCUCCCACAACGGCAAUCACGACAGCUGAAGAACAAACAACCACACCCACAACAACUGCAGAAACAACAACAGUUGCAACAACAGCAGCAGUCACAACAACUGCUUCCACAACAAGGACAGGAAAAACAACAGUUGCAACAACAGAAGUAAUGACACCUCCCCUGACAACGGCAGCAACAUCAACAGCAAUGACGACACCUACUGAAACCACCUUUGCCACAACAACAGACUCUCCCACAAUGGCAGUCACAACACCAACGGAAUCAACAACCCCUCCCACAACAAUGACAGAAACAGUUGCCACAACAGACUCUACUACAACAAAAGUCACGACAUCCGCAGAUAUAAUAACUACUGCCACAAUGGAAGAAACAACAGUUGCCACAACAACAGACUUUACAACAGCUGCAGAACAAAUGACCACCGCCACAACAACUGAAGAAACCACAGUUGCUACAACAGCAGCGUUUACUACAACAGCAGUCACGACACCCGCUGAAGCAACAACCACCACCCCAAUAGUGGCAGAAACAACAACAGUCUCAAUAACAACAGCAGUCACAACAGCUGUGGAAAUAAUCACCACUGCCACAACAAUGGGAGACACAACAAUUGCCACAACAACAGACUCACCCACAAUGGCAGUCACAACACCUACGGAAUUAACAACCCCUGCCACAACAAUGACAGAAAUAACAGUCGCAACAGCAGAGACAACUCUUGCCGAAACAACAACAGUUGCCACAACAGACUCUGCCACAACAGAAGUCACAUCACCUGCAGAUAUAUUAACUACUGCCACAAUAGAAGAAACCACAGUUGCCACAACAACAGACUUUACCACAACAGCAUUCACGACAGCUGCAGAACAAAUGACCACUGCCACAACAACUGAAGGAACAACAGUUGCUAAAACAGCAGACUUUACUACAACAGCAGUCACGACACCCGCUGAAACAACAACCACCGCCCCAAUAGUGGCAGAAACAACAACAGUCGCAAUGACAACAGCAGUCACAACACCUGUGGAAAUAAUAACCACUGCCACAACAAUGGCAGACACAACAGUUGCCACAACAACAGACUCUCCCACGCCAAUGACGACAGCUGCGGAAACAACUACCACUGCCACAAUAGCAGAAGAAACAACAGUCGGAAUGACAACAGCAGUGACGACACCUGUCAAAACAACAGUUGCCACAACAGACUCUACCAGAGCAGAUAUCACAACACCUACAGAAAUAAUAACUGUCGUCACAACAAUUGAAGAAACAACAACAGAUGCCACAACAACUGACUUUACCACUAUGGCAAUUGCAACAGCUCCAGGACUAACAAUCACUGCCACAACAACGGCAGAAACAACAACAAUUACAACAGCAAUCACAUCACCUGCAGAAAUAAUAACUGCUGCCACAACAAUGGAAGAAACAACAGUUGCUAAAACAACAGACUCUCCCACAACAGCAAUCACAACAGCUGCAGAACAAACAACCACCUCCACAACAACUGCAGAAACAACAACUGCUGAAUCUGAGACAACCACGGAGACAACUGUAGAAACAUCAGCUCCCACAACAACCGUAGCUUUGAUGUCAUCUGCAGCAACAAGCGAAACAUUAACAUCAGAUGGGGCAGCAACAGGGGCCACAAAUGCUGAAACAACAGCUCUAGCAACAACGGCAAAACCUGAAACAACCAUUGAGACAACUGUUGAAACAUCAGCUCCAAUAUCUGUCGCAGGGUUGACAUCCACAGCAUCUCGUGAAACCGCAACAUCAACUACAGCAGCAACUGAGGCAACAAUCGUUGACACAACAGUUCUAACCACAAUCGCAGAAACUGGGACAACAGUUCAGACAACUACGGAAACAGCUCCCACAACAUCGGCAGUAGUAGCUACAUCUGCAGCAACAGUUGUUACACCAAAAACUGCAGCGACAACCCCUGGUGAAACAACAACUGUAGCCACAACUGCUGAAUCUGAAACAACCACUGAGACAACUGUAGAAACAUCAGCUCCCACAACAACAGUAGCUUUUACGUCAUCUGCAGCAACAAGUGAAACAUUAACAUCAGCUGGGGCAGCAACAGGGGCCACAAAUGCUGAAACAACAGCUCUACCAACAACGGCAAAAUCUGAAACAACCGUUGGGACAACUGUUGAAACAUCAGCUCCAAUAUCUGUCGCAGGGUUCACAUCCACAGCAUCUCGUGAAACCGCAACAUCAACUACAGCAGCAACUGAGGCAACAAUCGCUGAAACAACAGCUCUAACCACAAUCGCAGAAACUGGGACAACAGUUCAGACAACUAUGGAAACAGCUCCCACAACAUCGGCAGUCGUAGCAACAUCUGCAGCAACAAUUGUUACAGCAAAAACUGCAGUGACAACCCCUGGUGAAACAACAACUGUAGCCACAACUGCGGAAUCUGAAACAACCACUGAGACAACUGUAGAAACAUCAGCUCCCACAACAACAGUAGCUUUGACGUCAUCUGCAGCAGCAAGCGAAACAUUAACAUCAGCUGGGGCAGCAACAGGGGCCACAAAUGCUGAAACAACAGCUCUACCAACAACGGCAAAAUCUGAAACAACCGUUGGGACAACUGUUGAAACAUCAGCUCCAAUAUCUGUCGCAGGGUUCACAUCCACAGCAUCUCGUGAAACCGCAACAUCAACUACAGCAGCAACUGAGGCAACAAUCGCUGAAACAACAGCUCUAACCACAAUCGCAGAAACUGGGACAACAGUUCAGACAACUAUGGAAACAGCUCCCACAACAUCGGCAGUCGUAGCAACAUCUGCAGCAACAAUUGUUACAGCAAAAACUGCAGUGACAACCCCUGGUGAAACAACAACUGUAGCCACAACUGCGGAAUCUGAAACAACCACUGAGACAACUGUAGAAACAUCAGCUCCCACAACAACAGUAGCUUUGACGUCAUCUGCAGCAGCAAGCGAAACAUUAACAUCAGCUGGGGCAGCAACAGGGGCCACAAAUGCUGAAACAACAGCUCUACCAACAACGGCAAAAUCUGAAACAACCGUUGGGACAACUGUUGAAACAUCAGCUCCAAUAUCUGUCGCAGGGUUCACAUCCACAGCAUCUCGUGAAACCGCAACAUCAACUACAGCAGCAACUGAGGCAACAAUCGCUGAAACAACAGCUCUAACCACAAUCGCAGAAACUGGGACAACAGUUCAGACAACUAUGGAAACAGCUCCCACAACAUUGGCAGUGAUAGCAACAUCUGCAGCAACAAUUGUUACAGCAAAAACUGCAGUGACAACCCCUGGUGAAACAACAACUGUAGCCACAACUGCGGAAUCUGAAACAACCACUGAGACAACUGUAGAAACAUCAGCUCCCACAACAACAAUAGCUUUGACGUCAUCUGCAGCAACAAGUGAAACAUUAACAUCAGCUGGGGCAGCAACAGGGGCCACAAAUGCUGAAACAACAGCUCUACCAACAACGGCAAAAUCUGAAACAACCGUUGGGACAACUGUUGAAACAUCAGCUCCAAUAUCUGUCGCAGGGUUCACAUCCACAGCAUCUCGUGAAACCCCAACAUCAACUCCAACUGUUGAAACAUCAACUCCGACAUCAUCAGCAGUAGUUGCAACCUCUACAGCAACAAGCACAAUGGAAACCACUGCUCAGGUAACAUCUGCAGUGACAACCUCUACUGAAACAACAGUUCGAGCGACAACCACAGAAUCUGAAACAACAGUUCAGACAAUGCUGGCAACAACACCAUUGACAUCUGCAAUGAGUGGAACAGCCACGCCUGCAGCAACAGGGGCCGCAACUGCAGCAACAACUUCAGUAACCACAACUCCAGAAUCUGAAUCAACAGCUGGGACAACUGUAGAUACAACGACUAAGGCGUCGAAUGCAGCAUCAGCAUCUGAUGAAACAACUGUGACCACAACAGAAUUGACGUCAACCGCCGAAGCAACUGGAGCAGUAUCACGCUCCACAAUUACAGCAGUAUCAGCAACAUCCGAGACAGCGCCGCCUGCUCAAACAACAACUGCUGUUGGAGCCAUUACAUCAGAAUCAGCAACACCCGUUGAAACAACUGCGCAAGCAUCACUGGCAACAACAACAGUGCCCGCAUCAUCGGAUGAGACAACUGCGAGGUUUUCUCAAACUACAAUUGACCAGUCAAUUCUGCAAACAUCAACGACAGAAAAAACAGCAGAAUCUGGAUCAACAAGUAACACAGCAACACUGACUCUUCCAACGGAGGCUGCAACAUCAACAGCACAACCAUUAACUGCAACAACGGCAAUGGCUGCAGUGACAUCUACUGAAACAAGCACAACCGGGAAACUGAUUUCAACAACAAUAGCAGAAACUUCGACAGCAGGGUUUGCAUCUGUCACAACAUCUACUACAACGACAACACCUGGCUUGACAACAACAAAGACCAUCACUGCGGCAAAACCACCUUCUGAAUCAACUACACAAUCAGUCCAAACUACAGCAACACUGGGCAACUCAACAGGCUCACCGAAAGUAACAACAACACCAACUGCACCAGUGACAGGAACACCAGCAGAUCUGUCAACAGCAGCAACAGUAAAUGCAGUGACAAAUGCAACAACUCUCACCCAGACAAAAUCCAUCACAAGAAACGCAACAACAGGAACUGCAGUGGCAAAUGCUACGACAGACAAAGCCGUGACAAAUUCUGUGACAAAUGCCACGACAAGAAACGCCGCGACAAACGCAGCAACGGGAAUUGUCGCAACCACCGUUCCAAGACCAACACAAGCGGCAACUACAACGACGGAAACGGCCGUUACUCUCCAAACCAGACGUGUUUCUUUCCGAUCUCUCCAAAGCACAUUUACGAACGACCUGCUGGAUCAUUCGUCUUUCCAGUUUGUGUUUCGAUCGACCAUGAUAAAAAGUCAGCUUCAACCUUUAUUCCAAAGGGAAUUUCCUAACACUUUCAGGAUCCUGAACAUCUUUGGAUUCAGACCUGGCUCAGUCAUCAACGACAUGAACCUCCGGUUCACCAACCCGGUGCCAAACCACACGGCAAUUGCCGCAGUCCUCAUUGACGCUGCAUCGGUCGUCAGCGGCUUUGACAUCGAGCAAGGUUCCAUCACCGUUGAGGGAGUCGUUACAAGCGGAGCAAGUCACAUGAUCAGCCCGGUCAGUGCAUCCUGCCUGGCGCUUCUUUCGUGCGUCCUUUUCACUCAGCAAUAAGUGUCCUCAAUUAUUGAGUCACAUCAGGAGAGCUAUUCAUUUGAUUUCAUUUAUUUCUGUAUGCAAAAAUGUCAUCCUGACUGAAUAAUGUAUUUUUUUUUCUGGGGUGAAGGGUUUGGGGGUCAGCCCCUAACGCCGAUGUCACUUAAUGGCAAGUGUGCCAUUUUGGUUUAAAGCGGCCAUUUUAGGCUUAUUUUGACUAUUUCUUCUUCAAUAUAAUUGACGGAGGUCGCACCCUAACGGAUAAACAGCGCCCCCUACUAGCAGUUAUCUGCAAACGCGCUCUCCGUCUCUUUCAAACUUCAACUUUAAUUAUUUAAUUCUAAGAGGAUUUCAAACCAGAUAUGCACUUUCAGAGGAAUUGUGGUUUAUAAAUUUUCAUUUUAUUACAUUAUGUUUAAUAUAUUACAACUGUGGUUAUUAUUUAUCAAUUCAUUACAACGCAAUGUCUAGUAUGCAGUGAGACACAAUAAA